UGUUUGACAGGUUCCUGCCACUAUUCAUCAGUAUCUAAGAGACUACCAGUGUGAGGGGAUUAAAUUUCUGUACAGUCAUUACAAGAACAAUAGUGGAGCCAUUUUGGGUGAUGACAUGGGACUUGGAAAAACUAUACAGGUGAUUGGUUUAAUAUGCGCAAUUUUAGGAAAGACUGGAACAAGGGAAGACUGUCAAAGAAAAAUGCCUAAAUUUCUACAGAAGGACAUUGAAAAAGACGACAGCGGAUUAAAGAGUGUUUUUCUGAUUGCCACGCCAAAGACUGUACUUUAUAAUUGGCUGGAUGAAUUCAAAACAUGGUCUUACUGUAAUGUGGAAAAAUAUCAUGGAAAAGACAGGGAAGCAACACUGAUCAAAGCGAUGAAAGGCAAGCUAGAUGUAAUCCUUACAACUCAUGAAACUUUGAGAGUCAGUGUGGAUGAUCUGAACAGAGUGAAUUGGUCAGCUGUAUUUGUUGAUGAAGUCCAUAAAAUUAAGGAACCAAUGGCCAAGGUAACACAAGCCUUCAAAACACUAAGAACCAAACGUAGAUAUGGAUUAACUGGAACCAUUUUACAAAAUAACAUGUUGGAAUUAUGGUGUGUUCUUGACUGGGCUAAUCCUGGCUGCCUUGGUGCCUAUGUUGAUUUUGAUGCAGAGUUUCAAAAUACAAUCGUGAGGGGACAAAGAUUUGAUGCCAGCAAACGAGAACUAGCAGAUGCCAGAAAAAAAAGCAAUAAAUUUUCCAAAUUAAGAGAUAAAUGGAUGAUUAGAAGAACCAAAAAGUUAAUUGCUGACCAGCUUCCAAAAAAAGAUGAGAAAGUAGUGUUCUGUAAUUUAUCUGACUUUCAAACUACUGUUUACAAAGAAGUUCUCGCAUCUGAUGAUGUUCAGCUGAUACUGAGACAGAAGGAAGACUGUGACUGCGGUAGGUUUAGAACUCGAGGGCGCUGUUGUUACAAGACUAAUGCUGAUGGGGUUGAAAUAAAAAGUUUGACUUUUACCUACAAAGCGUUCUUAACCAAAGUAGCCAAUCAUGUCGCAUUGUUGAUACCUCAUGAAGACCAGAGUGCAAAUCAAGUCAAGAUAGCCAAGAAGAUUUGCGAGAGAGCAUUUAAAAAAUAUCCACAAUUUGUACAUCUAACACAAAGUGCUGCAUUCACUACUUUAACUAACACUAUGUAUUGUGGAAAGAUGAAGAUUCUUGAGAAGCUGUUACAUCGUUUCAGAGAAGAAGGCAGCAAGAUUCUACUCUUUUCCUACUAUACAAAG